AUGGACGACUUGUCUCAAGACAUCAAAGAUCAAAUUCUCGAUCAACAGAAGGCAGAUCUCCAUGACAAGUUCCAGUCUGAAGGCUUUCAGCUAUCUCUAGCUUACCUACUGGACAUCUUCGAAGCCUUGAAUGCUUUCGACCUUAAACUACAAGAGAAAAACAUCAAAUUUCUCACGCACUACGACACCAUUCGAAUCUUCAUGGCCAAACUCGACCUCUGGAAAUGUCGAAUUCAGCAGGGAAAUACAGCCAGUUUUAGUUACUUGGAUUCUGCUCUCAUACACGAUAUAGAUAAAAAUCGUGAAGCUUGGAAAUUUAUCAGGAACCCAUUUCAUUGUGAAGUACCUGAUGUUUUGGAUGAAGUGCAAGAGGAAUUCCUUGAGCUGAAGUUCAACUCCUCAACUAAGGAAGACUUCAAAGAACUGGAUCUUGAAACGUUAUGGAUCAAUUACCUUCCUGUUUACCCUCUGAUCUCACAUCAGGCUCUUCGGAUUUUAGCUACGUUUGGGUCCACGUAUCUUUGUGAAGCUGCAUUUUCCACGCUCAUUGCUGUCAAGACAAAGUACAGAAACAGGCUGAACGUUGAAAGGGAUUUACAUUGUGCACUCCCUGGCAUUCAACCACGCAUUCAAGAUCUUGUAGCUAAGAAACAGUGUCAAGAAGAAUUUAUCCUCAAAUUCUCCGCCAAAGGCACUCAAAUUCCAGAUGUGGUAUUAAACCGGGCUAUGGAUGAAAUUUACCGACCAUGA